UCACAUGUCCAUUCCUGGGACUACAUCCAUCACCUGAGUCCAAAAAUGGCGGUGCUUCAUAGCGGCUUCAAAGACGUCGUCGUUCCUAGUGAUAUCCACUCAUUCCCUCGCUAUGUCCUCAAACAUAUGGAGUCAUAUGGAGAAGAAACUGCUAUGGUGGACAGUACAUCUGGGAGGUCUUACACAUAUAAUAAACUCACAGAAAUGAUAAAGAAAUGUGGCUCAGCUCUCAUCAGACAAGGUCUGCAAACCAAGGACAUGGUAGCUGUACUUCUUCCCAAUAUGCCAGAAUACCCUAUUGUGUUUUAUGGUGUCACUUCAGUGGGUGGAAUAGUGACUACAAUAAAUCCAGCAUACACAACUGAUGAAAUUAUCUACCAGCUAAAAGACUCAGGUGCAAAGUACCUUGUGACAGUACCUCAACUAGCACAGAAAGCUAAGCAAGCAGCUGACCAGGCUGGGGUUAAACGUAUCUACACAUUUGGAUAUGUAGAUGGCUGCAAAUCUCUCUUUGAUUUGCUGCAUGAAGAUGAUGGUGGAUCAUAUCCUGUUAGUGUUUCAGUUAACUGGAAGGAAGAUGUAGUGUGCUUGCCAUAUUCAAGUGGGACCACUGGAUUGCCUAAAGGUGUCAUGCUGACUCAUUAUAACUUGAUCCACCAUGCUGCCAUGUUCUCUAACGAUGAUGUUAUGUCCAGUGAAGAUCUUAUCACUCUUGGACUGUUGCCGAUGUUUCAUAGCUAUGGCCUGAGUAUUCUUAUGGGUGUCUGUCUCAUCAAAGGUGCCUCUGUUAUUUGUAUGACACAGUUUGAGCCAACUCAUUUUCUAGAAGCCAUACAGAAAUUCAAGAUCACUAUGUUACCAGUAGUACCACCAAUUGUCCUCUUCCUGGCCAAACACCCACUUGUUGAAAAAUAUAACUUGAUGAGCAUAAAACAAGUUACAAGUGGUGCAGCCCCACUUGGCGCUGAGCAGAUAAAUGCCUUGAUGACAAGAAUGCCAUGGAUUACAAUUUUAAGACAAGGAUAUGGUUUGACUGAGACUAGUCCAGCGGUAACCACAUCUCCUCUUGGCAAGUGUAAGCCUGGUUCAGUUGGUGUCUUACUUCCAGGUCUUAAAGCAAAGGUUAUUGAUCUAAAGACAGGGGCAUUACUGCCACCCAACCAGGAUGGUGAAAUAUGUGUAGCUGGCCCAACUAUCAUGAAAGGCUACUACAACAAUCCAGAAGCCACAGCAAAGACAAUUGACUGUGAGGGUUGGCUCCAUACUGGUGAUGUUGGUCAUUAUGACAAUGAAGGACAUUUCUAUGUGGUUGAUAGAAUCAAGGAGCUUAUCAAAUAUAAGGGUUUCCAGGUACCACCUGCAGAACUUGAGGCGCUGCUUCUUUCUCAUCCUAAAAUAACAGAUGCUGCUGUCAUCGGUGUACCUGAUGACGAAGCCGGCGAGCUCCCGAAAGCUUUGGUUGUUACUAGUGGGGCUAUAACAGCUUCAGAAGUCCAGCGGUUUGUUGCAGAGCGAGUCGCAUCGCACAAGAGGCUCCGAGGAGGUGUGGAGAUUGUGCAGAGUGUCCCUAAAAAUGCAAGUGGAAAGAUUCUAAGACGUCAGCUAAGGGAACGCGAGAAAGAAAGACUUGCUCUGAGACAUAAGCUUUGAACUUUUAUAGAAACUUUUGUAAACCAAUAGAAUUCACGUCGAUUGUCAUACUAGUUAAGGGUCGUAAAUCAUCUUAGAAAGGCGGAUAGAUUAGGGGAAGGGCUAGAUAAUCUUCCCUUGUCGUUUUUGGGUAAAAUUUCUGUGAUGCCUGAGUUUUCAGCCAACCCUAUAAAACCUCGUUGACGAGUUUACGUUUUCACUCACCAAAAUCGCCAAAUCCCUUCAAUCAGGGUCUUGGGUGUUAACUCUGUUUUAAAAUGUUAUAUUUUUCGCAAAAAAAAAACAUUUCUCGACGACAAUCGAGCCGAUCUCAAACAAUAUAUAGUGUGUCAAGAUUGUCAAAUAAACUGCUAUUUGAAGUUAUUACCAGUUUUAUGUGCCGGUUUUUGUGGCUCUGAAGGCUUCUGAAUGUAAGUAAUUUUAAAUUUAUCCAAUGUAAUUAACUAGCUUAUUAAUGGCAUUGCUCUUUCCUAUCGUCUUAUGAAAGAAAAAAUGCAUUUGAUAUGUCUUGGGCGCCAUAGAUCCGUUUGUUCCUUCCACUACUUUUUCACUAUUCAGUUGGCUAUUGCGAGGUCCUUAAGGGUAGUAACAAGGAUUUGCUGAGAUGAUUUGCUAACAUCUCAUGGAAAAGUAUAGACCCUCACGAUGCGGUCAAAUGCUUUGCGCAACAUUUUGCCCUACCCGCCUGCCCUUACAUGACCAGGGAUAAAAAAAACAUAAUAUGAAUAUGAGACCAGAAAAUAAGAACAUGAAACAAUAAAAACAGAUUUUUUUGUAGUCAUAAGGAUAUAGGAAAGAAUAUAGGAAACACAGUAAUUCACCGAAGAAUAUAGGAAUCAGUAAUUCAUCGAAGAAUAUAGGAAUCACAAAUAAGAAAAACUGUCAAAGAAAAGAGAAUCAAUUGAUUAAAAAACGUCAUUCGCCACCA